CUGCAAGAAGAUACAAGAGGUUCACAUGAGACUCAGCUCUUCGGUUUGCACAUAUUCUUGGUCAUCAGCGUCAGCCGCACUGAAGAAAUGGAGCACCUGGAAAACUCCACAGCACCUCCCAAACGCCUCUUCCUGCACACACAGAGCACCGCGCACUCCCAUGCGGAAAAAAGCGAUGGAAACGCGUUCCCUUACAUAUUAAUAAUCAUGUGUUUCUACGCAAUCUUCCUCUCUGGUAUAAUGCUGGGAUACUUCCGCUCCAAGAGGCGGGAGAAAAGGAGGAUCAACGUCUUCACGCGCCUCGUGCACGAGGAGGAGCAGCGGGAGUGGGGCGCGCUGCCCAAGAAACACAGCCUCACCUUCCCCUCAGCUGUGUCGGAGCUGCGCUCGGUGCAGGUGUCUCUGCCUUUCUGCGGCAACCACGGCAACCACUUCGGACCCCUCCACUACGACGGCGUGCUGCCAUCCCCGCUGGCGUGCGCGCUGUGCACGGAGCAGAGUAGCAUCAGUUCCCUGUGCUCCUCCGCGGACACGCGCUUCGCCAUAGAGGAGGAGUCGGACAGCGGCACGGCGGAGGGAUCACAGGAGAACGUGAAGGGGGCGAACAGCGGAGAUGAUUUAGGCUGAACUCCACCCAGGGGGAAAAAAAACUUUGUGUACCUGUCACAGCCGAGAAGAGGAGAAACAUCACCUGGAGAGAAAAGCAGGAGUUUCUCAGAGGCCCAAACAGUUCAGCCAGCAGCCAUAAAAACUCCCCAAAGCAACAUCACCCAUGAUAUGAUAUCCAUAUAAGGGCUGGAGUCAAACAAGACUGUGUGGCCAAUAUUAUUAAACCUUAUUGAGCCAGAAUACUGUUUUAUUUGAUAGUUUUGAACUGACACACAUUUCUGAGACACAAAUUCACACUUACACAUUUCACACACACUCAGUAGUAACAGGAAACCACACACACACACACACACACACCACAAAACUUUACUUAAUUAAGUUAUCAUUUUAAAUGACAAGAUAGUCAUGGUGAAAGUGAACAUAUGAUGAUAAUGGACAUUUUUAUGUUAUAUGUUGGCCCAACUUAUAGAGAGUGAAGUAAACAUUCAGUUCAAUGCUAUAUUUACACCUGUACGGGCAGUUGAUCAUCAGCUCAACACCCAGGUCAGCACACUUCAAUAGCUUAAAGCUGGAAUCACUAAUGAAUACAUUAAUAGAUAAAUAUUUCCCCAUAUGUAUUUGAGAAAAUGCACACAAGAAACAGAGCUGUACAAAAGAACAAGGUAUAUAUAUAUAUAUAUAGAUAUGAAAGACAACACUUUUUGCUAUUAUACUAUUGUUUCAUUGUAUAAUUUGACUUUGGCUCAUGUGGUGGCGACCCCUCCCUCCAGCUGAUGACUCACCCUGCAGCGGACUGAGAGAGCGACUGGCUGUUUUUCUGGCUGUUUUGACUGAACUUGACUCGCUCUCGCCAUCAUGGUCUUGAGUAUUGAAACGUACCUGGAACCCACUUGAAAGAUUGUUGAAACUAAAAUGUGUCUGUUGUAGCUUCAUGAUCGACACUGUUCAUACACAGUCAGCAAUGUAGUUUACUUGAUGCAAGCGAUGCACUGUAACAUACUGUUUGUAUUUUUCACUUUGUGAGGCUUCAUUUCAGAGUCUCUGUUGUGUUUCAGAAAAAAAUAAAUGUUUAUGAAUUAA